AUGAGGUGGACAACACAGGAACUGUGGUACUUCGACAGCGGUUGUUCCAGACAUAUGACUGGCAUGAAAGAAAAUCUGCAGGAUGUGAAGCAGUUAAAAGGAGGAAAGGUGACAUUUGGAUGUGGAACCAAAGGAACUAUUCAAGGCAAAGGACGAACAUCUGAGGAGCAGCCACAACUUAUGAAUGUCUAUCUUGUCCAAGGUCUAAAGUCAAAUUUGAUCAGUGUCAGCCAACUAUGCGAUGAAGGUUUAACAGUGUGGUUCAACAAGCUAGAAUGUAAAGCCAUUGAUGCUGACGGAAAGGCAGUUCUACGAGGAGUUUCGUUCAGGCAACAACUGCUACAUGUGGGAUCAAUCUGCAAAAUGCCUAAGUGUGCGAGAUGA